UUGCCUGCUUCCCCUUUUGCGAUCUGCUGAUGGAGCCAAGAUGACUGUCAGAAUUUUAUGGAGCAUAUCUUUGCUGUUCUUUGGUACUGCCCUGCCCCUGCGGGCAUCUCAAAUUUCCUGCAUAAAUGAUGAUGGCAAGCCAGUGGACUGGUAGGUAAAACAGGUAUGUUCUUUACAAAUUCCCUAAGCACAUGAGUCACAAUGUGGCUGGAAUUGGGCUGAAAUACAUGUUUAUGGAUUCUUCGGCUCCGAUUUGGAAACCGAGCAAAUAUUUCGUCAACAUGACAGAAAGUGCUCUGGGGCAAACGCUGCAGCAGCUCUACCGAACAUACAAGUCCAAGGAAAACAGCACUGCCUAUGUGAUGUAUAAUGAUGGACCACCUAACAAAAUGAAUUACAGCUGGACACAUGGACAUUCUAAAGGGUUUUUGCUCUUGGACCAGUCCCGAGGUUUCUGGGUUAUACACAGUAUUCCCGAAUUCCCUCCAUUUCCCAAGGACGGCUAUGGAUAUCCACGCACGGGAAAGUACAAUGGACAGAUAGCAAUCUGCAUAACAUUCCAAUAUGAGCAGUUUGCGGAAAUAGAUAAGCAAUUGUUAUUCUACAACCCAAAUGUCUACAACUGUUCCAUCCCAAAGCCCUUUCAAGCAGACCUCCUCAACCUGCAAACAAUGUGUGCAAGAGCACAGCUGCCUUCAGUUCCUUCAAAUCAAAGCCUUAUCAAGCUUCAGUCAGCCCAGGGAGAAAUUCUUUUCAACUUUGCGAAAACACGGUACGAUCGCGAAGAUAUCUACACAGCCUGGAUGGCUCAGAAACUGCAAACAAACUUCCUGGUGGAAUCCUGGCAACGCAAAGGACGCCGACUGUUCUCCAAUUGCUCCCUUCCUUACCACGUCUACAAUGUAAACCUUGUUGGCACGCCAUGGAACUCCUCAUUCUCAUCCUAUUACGACCAUUCUAAGUGGUGUGUUUCUUCGCAUCCUGAAGACCGAUGGACAUGCAUUGGAGACCUAAAUUAUUCCCCUCAACAGGCUAAGAGAAGUGGUGGCUUCAUUUGCACCCAGAACCAGCAUAUUUACAUGGCUUUCAGGGCGUUGGUUCUCCAUUAUUAUGAUUGCCGUGAGUUUCAGGAAUUUUCACAUGCAGAACAGACCUCUGGCCUCUAAGUCCUUCCUGAAAAAUGCAAUUUUUCCUUCUUUCUUAAAAAAUAAAUGUUUCUAGUCCUCAUGGCUUUGGAAAAACAAAAAGAGGCUUGGGCAUGAUUUCAGGAAACAGGGUGGUUCAUUGUGCCUGUCCAUCAACCUGCCUGUCCAUCACAUCUACUUUCUUUUUUUACUCUUACAUUCUCCGGUCUUUUCUAAGGACUUUGUAUUCUGUAAAAACCCCUAAUAUCAGAAUUAGAUAUUAUGUAACUGCAAGCAGGCCUGCAUGAUUUAGAUAAUUGGUUCUUAGCGCAAAAUUGGAGGGAUAAUGUUAGUGAAGCAUGUGGGCUUCCUUGGUAUAUAAUUUGGGUUUGUUUUUAAACUUGAAGGAUACCCUGCUUGAAGUGACUAAAAGCACAGGUUGGGUUUAUGAACCUAGCAUGCCUACCAGUUAUGUAAAAAAGCAGGACAGCAUUGUUUUAAGUGCAGUUUCAGAACUGGUUCUCACAAACACUCCUGAAAGAGAAAACCUGCUGAAUAGGAAAGGGGAGUGAAAUUUGAUUCAGUUUGCAUUUAAAGGCCAAACUACCGCAUCCACACUUCCUGAAACAAUAUGGAAACCGAAACACAGCCAUCUUUUGCAAUUAGUAAGUGCCUGGAUUUUGCAACACAGUUUCCCAGCUAUAUACUGGGGGGGGGGGCUGGAAAAGAACAUUAAUGCUUUAUAUUUGGUAAAAUUAAUUUGCCAAAAUGUAUGUAUUUGGAGAAAUCUACACUGAAGCGCUGAUGAAUUUUCAGUGUCUAUAUAUACGUAUAUCACAAACCGAUGUGGAGAUGUAGAAAACUGAAUUUAUAUUGGAAAAAAUGAGAAACCGAGAGUGCUCAGAAUUAACAGAUACUCCCACCCCUAAAGUGUAUUUUAACGGGGAAUAUGGCCUAGUCCCUAUACUUAAUAGUUCUUUUGUACCUGGGUCUUAGUACCCAUCUUCUCAAGAUGAUUGAGGGGACCAAACGCAAUGUCUUGAGGUCACAUGUGUGACAUCAUGUGAAGCCAGGGGAGCGGGGCCAAACACCUUCUGAACACUGAGAGGGCCCAGCCCCCUAAAAAACCAGAGGGUACCUUUACCUUUUUAUAGGUCAAAUUGGCACAUUCUGGCCCUCUUCUGUUUUCUCUUCUGCCAUUUCCUCUUUUGCUUUCUCUUGUUGUGUAAUGUUAGUUGUAGCUUUCAAAGUAAUUGCUGUUUCAACUGAUAUUACAACUGCUUUGUAAUGAUUAUUGCAAGACACUUUAUGAGCCACUAGGGUUGAAAAGCUAUUUAAAAAAAUCCAAACCAAUAACGAAGGCUGCAAGCCUAUCUAUACCUACUUAGGUGGGAGUAAGACUCAUUAAAUUUCUGAUCAGGCGUGUAAAGGGUUGCACUGAAAGAACCAGCACUCAGAAGAUCUAGGUUCAACCAAGUCAACAGUUUGGGCCUCUGCUUCUAAUAUCGCAAAUCACAAAGAUUUCGGUGCCUGUAAAUUUGAGUUAGCACAUCCCCCUACAGCUGCGUCAUGGACAAACGGUUCCAACAGUUGCGCUUUAUAGCAUGUGCAUGAAGAGGAAUUCAUUUCUUCUUGACAAUGUCUCUACUUGGUGAUGGCAGGGUGGGAGAGAGGGAAUUGAUUACAACAAAGUUGCACUCAGCAACUGCAAGGAUUGAGCAAAUGCUUAUUUUUUUCACUUUCAGAAAUAUAAAAGCAAGAGCAGAAAAGCAUACUGCGAAGUUUUUGAGCUGAAGGUCUUUUUUGUAUUGAGAGGUGAGAUAUCAGGGCUUAUAAUGUUUAAUGUGUGUUGGAAGAUAACGUGGCAGGGGAAGCCCAGCUAGAUGGGCGGGGUAUAAAUAAUAAAUUAUUAUUAUUAUUAUAUAACCAUGUCCCUAUUAUAUAACCAUGUCCCUGCAUAAUAUAUCCCUGUAUAAUGGGAAAGGAUGGGUGGUUAUCCUUGCUUCCCGAUUAGUGAUGAGGAAGAUGAUUCAAUUCAGUUUGCAUUUUCACACUUUCCGAAACAUCCACUCUUUCUGAAAUGCGAGAACUUAAACACAGCCUGAUCUUUGCACUGGAACGUGGUUUUGGUAAACCGCUCAGAAGCUUUCUUAUAAUCAAGUGGCAUAUAUAUGUUUUGUUAAAUAAAUUAUGAAAAAUAUUAAUCGUUUGGCAUUUUGGUUGCAUUUGUGUCUUAUUGGUUUCAAACUUGUGAACCGCUCAGAGGACAAGGUUCAUUGCUUGGAGAAGCUGAUUGCAA